UUAUAAAAACAAUGGACUUGGCCAACCAUGGACUUAUCCUCCUGCAGCAGUUAAACGCCCAGCGUGAGUUUGGGUUCCUGUGUGACUGCACGGUGGCCAUCGGCGAUGUGUACUUCAAGGCCCACAAAUCAGUUCUUGCUUCGUUCUCCAAUUACUUUAAGAUGUUGUUUGUCCAUCAGACCAGCGAGUGUGUGCGCCUGAAGCCCAGCGACAUCCAGCCCGACAUCUUCAGCUAUCUCCUGCACCUGAUGUACACGGGCAAGAUGGCCCCGCAGCUCAUCGACCCCGUGCGGCUGGAGCAGGGCAUCAAGUUCCUGCACGCCUACCCGCUGCUGCAGGAGGCCACCCUGGCCAGCCAGGGCGCCUUCGCGCACCAGGACCCCGUCUUCCCGCUGGCCUCGUCGCUCUACGGCAUCCAGAUCGCCGAGCACCAGCUGCGCCCCGCCGCCAAGCCCGCCACGGGCCCGGGCCCCGGCCCUGACAGAGCGGCCCGGGAAGGCCGGCCGCCGGGCCCCCGGCUGGGCCAGGAGCUGGGCCCCGAGCCCACGCCGCCGUCGCAGCCGCCCCAGCCGCCGCCGCAGCAGCUGCCGCCCCACCUGGCCCCCGCCGGCCGGACUCCGCUGCCGCCCUCGGACCCGCCGCCGGCGCCGCUGUCCCCCGAGCUGGUGCCCACGCCCGGCCCGGCCCCGCCGCCGCCCCCGGGGCUGGGGCUGGGGCUGGCGGACGAGGCGGUGCCCGAGCCCGCGUCCCCGGGCGCCGAGCCGCCGGCCGCGCUGAGCAUCGCGCACGUGAAGCCGAGCAUCCUCAAGCGCAACGGCAGCUUCCCCAAGCACUACGCCUGCCACCUGUGCGGCCGCCGCUUCGCCCUGCGCGCCAGCCUGCGCGAGCACCUGCAGAUCCACACCGGGGUGGCCCUGGGCGCGCCCCCCGCCCCGCCGCACCCCCAGGCCCCGCCCGGCGCCGACGGCCGCGCGCCGCUCACCGUGCCCAUGCCCCUGCCGGACGCGGCCAGGGACGCCCUGGAGGGCCCCGAGGCCGGCCCGGCCAGCGACGGCGAGCUGCCCCGCACCUGCGACUCGCCCUCGCCGCUGCUGGACGGGCAGCCGCCCUCGGAGACGCCGCCGCCCUCGGACAUCGCGGACAUCGACAACCUGGAGCAGGCCGACCAGGAGCGCGAGGUGAAGCGGCGCAAGUACGAGUGCGGCAUCUGCGGGCGCAAGUUCAUCCAGAAGAGCCACUGGCGCGAGCACAUGUACAUCCACACGGGCAAGCCCUUCCGCUGCUCCACCUGCGACAAGAGCUUCUGCCGCGCCAACCAGGCUGCGCGCCACGUGUGCCUCAACCAGAGUGUGGACACCUACACCGUGGUGGACAAGCAGACGCUCGAGCUCUGCACCUUCGAGGAGGGCAGCCAGAUGGACAGCCUGCUGCUGCACCCCAGCAAGCCCUACAAGUGCAACCUGUGCGACAAGACCUUCGCCUCGCCGGGCGACGUGGUGCGCCACGCGUGCCACGGCCAGGCGCCCGACGCCUUCGCGCUGGACGAGGGCCGCGCGCUGCUGCUGGGCGCCGGGGACUCGGAGGCCACCGAGCCCGACCACCCGGUGCUGGCGUCCAUCAAGAAGGAGCAGGAGACGGUGCUGCUGGACUGACGGGCACGGGUGGGGUCCCUUUUUACUUUUUUAACUGUCAUUUUUACAGACCACCCCUGCCCCCUUCCCGCCUUCCGACCCGGUACACAACUGCACUCCUCCAGUCCUCCAUCGGUGGCAUGAUCCCUGCAGUGCCCUCCCCCCACCCCC